AUGAAUCUUGCAAGAGUCCGGAGCGAGCGGGAGAGGACAAAGAAGCCCAAAGAGGUGGAAAGUCGGUUGGAGAAGAAGGUGUUUGUGCCGAGCUCGGUGAGCGUGGGGAGGUUGGCGCAUAUCUUUGAUGUCAAGAUUUUCAAUCUGCAGAGAACGAUGCAGCGUUUGGGUCUUAGUGAAGACCAGCGGAGAUCAGAUUAUCUCUUGACGAGUGAAGAGGCGUGCAACAUUGCGCUCGAGUACGGUCUAGAUCCCACUGUGGACGAUGAGAGAACUUUCGACAUCUUCCCAGAACCGGAUGCGGAGGGUGUAGUGCAGCCUCUCAGACCACCAGUUGUUACCAUCAUGGGCCACGUCGAUCACGGCAAAACGACCCUCCUCGACUCCCUCCGUGACUCUUCCGUCGCCACAGGCGAAGCGGGCGGUAUCACCCAACACAUCGGCGCCUUCUCCGUUCCCCUCUCCUCCCUCCUCCCUUCCGCCCCUGCCGACUCCUCGACGCCCGGCACCAUCACGUUCCUCGACACCCCCGGCCACGCCGCAUUCACAGCAAUGCGCGCCAGAGGGGCUUCGGUGACGGAUAUGGUCGUCUUGGUCGUUGCGGCCGAUGAUGGAGUGAUGCCGCAGACGAAAGAAGUCAUUGAGCUGUGGAAGGCGGAUCAGGAUAAAGUGGGGUUGGUGGUGGCGAUCAAUAAGUGCGACAAGCCGGGGAUCGAUUUUGACAAGAUCAAGUCUGCAUUAGGUGCGGAAGGAAUUUUGUUGGAGGAAGACGGAGGGGAUGUGCCGUCUGUGCGAGUGUCGGGACUCAAGAAGGAGGGGUUGGAUAAGCUUGUGGAGACUUUAUCAACUCUGGCGGAGAUCAGGGAGCUGCGAGCUAGGACGACGGGGAAGAUGGAGGGGUAUGUGCUGGAGUCCCGGGUUGACCGGGGGCAGGGAAACGUCGCUACUGUUCUUGUGUCAAAGGGUACGUUAUCAGCCGGUACCUGUAUCGUGGCGGGUACAACCUGGGCCCGCGUCCGCCAAAUGCAAGACUCGGCCGGCCGGUCUUUGCGUUCCGCCCCUCCCGGUACCCCCGUCAGUAUCAUGGGGUGGCGCGACCUCCCUUCGGCCGGCGACCAGCUCCUCGAAGCAUCAAACGAGGACGAAGCCAAAAAAGCCAUCUCGAACCGUCUUCGCGAGAUUGAGCGGAAGAAACUCCUCGCGGAUGUGGAGUCGAUCAAUAUCAAGCGGGUCGCCGAGCGCAAAAAGGUGGAAUUGGAGGAAGAAGGAGUGGGGAGGCUUAAAGAAGAAGGGAAGAGCGAGGCGGAGAUUCAGGUUUGGAAGCGCGAGUUUGAGCGGCAGAGUGGGGCGGAGGAGGAAGGUGGGAAGAAGGAGUUGCGGUUGGUCGUUAAGGGGGAUGUGUCGGGGAGUGUGGAGGCGGUCGUGGGGAGCUUGGAGGGGAUUGGGAAUGCCCAAGCGGGGGUCAAGAUUGUGCAUGUGGGAGUGGGGGAAGUGGGGGAGAGUGAUGUCCAUAUGGCCGAAGCGGGGAAGGCGUCCAUCAUAGCCUUCUCGGUCCCUACGUCCCGCUCGACCCAAAAUCUCGCGCGCACACUCAAUGUCCCCCUCCACUCCGACUCUGUCAUCUACCGCCUGAUCGAGACGGUCCGAUCCGAAGUCAUCAAGCUUCUUCCGGCAGUAUACGAGUCGCGCGUGACGGGCGAGGCGGUUGUCCAGCAGGUGUUUGAGAUCAAGAUGAAGGGGAAAGAGGUCGUCAAGAUUGCGGGGUGUAAAGUGGGGAAUGGGGUCGUGGAGAGUAAAGAAGGUGUGGGGAUUAGGGUGCUGAGAGGCGCGGACAGGGUGCAGGUGUAUGAGGGGACUAUCGAGACGCUCAAACAUCUCAAGAAGGAUGUGACGGAGGUCCGGAAGGGCACAGAAUGCGGGAUCUCGUUCCAUGGCUUUACGGAUGUCCGCGAAGGGGACGAGAUUAUCGCGUUCACCAAGUUUGAGGUACCGAGGCAUCUCUAG